AGUUUUUCUUUACGUUGUGCGGGCUGACGUCAGCUCCCUCUGUUGACAGUGAAGACGCUCCACGUGGCCUGUUGUUUACAUCGUCCAGGAAGACUCACGUGGGGCUGUGUGAAAGAAGCCGAAGGAUUGUGCAAUCACAUUCCAGUUGACUAUUAAGUAACAGAGGCAAACUACAUGAAAAGUACAAACACGGACCCUGAACUACAACGAGGUUUUCUGAUUUCAUCUCGCUUGUCCGGCAAAGUAAGAGAGAAGCGCAUGCAGUUGAAUGACCCUUUAGAUACAAAUCCAAAGAUGUUAAAACUUGGAAGUCGGCUGGUCCAGUUUCACCGUGCCUCAGCCUCAAGUCAAGCAGAGUUUGGUAAACAGGAGGAGAAUGUUCAGGAAUUGCAAUGUUUUAAGGAUUUCUUAGCAAAGCUGAGAAAACAUGGUGGACUACAAAAGGAAUCCAUCUUCUGCAACUUAAGAGUUCCAAAUCAGUUUCAAAUAGGGAAAGAAGACAUUGACUUGGUUAUCCUUACAGGGCAUGGUGUGUUCUGCCUUGAUGUUAAAACCUGGAAGGGCAAAGUAUCGGUCCAGGAACACAGCUGGCAUUUAAGCUUUACAGAAGAAACAGAGCAUUUCUCAAACACGUCCAUCAGCCAGGUUGCUGAUCCCAUCCAGGUCAUCAAGACCAAGACAAAGAAUCUGUGGAACCACUUGAUGCGGAGUGGGGUCUGUGUUCGCCAGUCUCUCUUCCGCUCCAGGGUGGUCUUCCUCAAUCCUGAAUGCCAUUUGGACCCUGAACUACAGAAGAGCAAGGAGGUGGUAGACCAUUGUGAUUUGGAUUCAUUCAUCAGCUCCUUCAAGGAUGGGUACCUUGCAUGUAUUUUGGAUGCAGUGACACCAUAUUUGUUAUCUGGUCACUUGUCAUACAGGCAGCUGAGCGAUUUAAGCAAUGUGCUGCAGAGAACGGGUACGUGGGACACUGUCAAUCUGCAUGGAGGGCAGAAGCUGAAAGGGGAUUAUCGAGGCUGCCAGCACAUAGCCUUGAACCGGGAGGAGACAGACCAGCUGGAGUUCACCCACCAGAGCAACAUGUCAGCUGGGUAUCUCUGGGCUUUCUUGGGAUAUUCACAUCAGGUCACUGUCAAGAUGUACAGGAGAGGAGGUCAGGGAUGGAUAUGGAGGCCGCUCAGCGGCACAGCUAUCAUCCCCUACAACACGUACAUCAUCUUCAGGGUCUGCGGUGAAGAAGCAGAUGCCAAGAUCCCAGCCAAACACAUUGACACAAUCUGCCUGAGCAUUUGAAAUUGAUUGGGGGGGGUGCAAAAAAAAAAAAAAAAAAAAUGGCCAUGGCAGCUGCUUUCUAGGCCAACACAAAUAACAUGAAGCCAUUUGUUAUUGAUCAGUUCAUCUGCGUUCUCCUUCACCUUCACCUACUGAUCUUGUCAGCCAUUCUUUUUUAAUAGCCUAGUUAAGUUGAAUUAUUUUUUCACCAUUAUUAUUUUUCACAUCAUUAUAGUUAAGCAGAGCACUAUGCAUUGUGUUGCAAGUACAGGGUCCAGUGCAUAGUGUAUAGAUAUUCUGACAAUCAGGAGUCUGCUUUUAUAGGAAAGCUGGAUUCAUUAUAAUUUACAGGGUGGUUGGGAGCCCUCAGCAUGACUGUCAGGCAUCCAUCAUGUGGGCUUUACUCACGGUUACAAUAUUCCCAAUACAGCUGGACAGAUUACCUUCCCUCUGAGGUAUGUCAUUACCCCACACCUGUAACAAAAAAUGAAAUCCCAGCCAUUCGGUGCAUGGCUGUUUUUUUAAUCAAGGUUUUUCAGAAAUAGCAUUAAGAAAAAAAAAAGAUCAUUUUUAUCACGUUUCCACUUUUGAGUUCUACUAGAACCUGUCUUUUUGAUUGAAUCUGACUAAAUAAAAAAAUAAACCUUAAAAUAUUAAAGCCCAAUCUCAAAAUGAGACACUGCAUGCUCGUGACUUGUAGAAUGCACUGGCCUUUAAACCCAGCAGCUUCUAUUAUGCUAACUGAGAUAUUUCUAGUAAUUAACAUGGUUAAUGUUAUCUUAUUUUGAAUUACAAUUCCAGUGCCUGCGAACACUUUAAAGUAAUCAUUAAUUACCAAUUAAAAUAGCAAGCUCAUUUUCUCCAGUGCAGUUCAGGUCUGUGUUACCCAGUCUUUAACACUCUAAUUGGAGUGAUUUUAAAAAAUGUGCAGCAUAUUAAUUAGAAAGUGGUAUAAAACUUAUGACAAAUAUUGUUUCAGUAGCUCAAUGAUUUAAACACUCCAGUACUUCUACAGCCACAGAUCUCUAAAUGUGCUGUGAAUUUGAUAUAGUGUGCAGGACUUAAUAGUGUGCAGCCUCCCAGUUCAUGAUCUUAUUUAAAAGUUCACAGGUAAUACAAAGAGUAGCAUUUUGUUUUUUUGUUUUUUUGUUUUUUUUUCCCGAAGCCUUAUCUUUCGUUGCUGUAAAAGCUGCAUUAACAGGUCAAUACAGUCAGUUGUCCACGGCUGUAAUUGACUCAAAUAAAUGUAUUCCUAUCUAUCCUCAUCAAUUUAAUGUUUGUUGUUGGUUUCUGUUGUUCAGUAAACAAAGAUUGUUUUUAAGAGGUAUUUAUAGAUUUUAUUGUUUGCAUGUUUUUCACACAUAAGUUUAUGAUAGAGUUAGACUUUCUUUGGUUAAGCUAUUUUUC